AUGAAGCACCUUUUCCGAGUCAUCGUCGUCGUGUGGGCAACGCGCCUUCUGGUCGUCUCCCAAGCUGCAGCCGCACCGAUGCUGCCAGAGAGCGUAGCAGAGGAGGCUGGCAACGGCGCUCUCGAAGCACUGAGAUCAAGACUCACUCCGCUCCAGCUGCCCCCGGCCCCCCACCAGUUCGCUUACCAAUUUCCGCCGGCCACAUUCACAAACAAGGUCGACGAGCUCGAGUUCGAUCUGGCCACUCUGCCGAAGAUUCGCACUAGUCCAGCCCCUAAGCUGCGGGUCUACAUUAUCAUGGAUUACAAGACUCCCUCUCCUCCGUACCUCACGGCAAAGACGGAAACUGAGAAGAAGAGUUCCGCUGCUUUCGAAGACUAUCGUCUGAUCUGGUGGGAUGUGUACAUGGUGGGCUUCCAUCUUCCCAGGAAAGGCAAUUGCUUCGUGCUCGCAUCCCCGUUGGGUGGGUUAGCAACCGAACGUCUUUUCCCACAAGCAUGCGAAGUUUUUGAGAUCCCAGCUUUCGUUCUUUUGUCGUCCAUGCAUGCCGACUCGAUCGGACAAUCGAUGGGAGCCGCCGGGGCAGUGCUGUAUAUAUUCUGCGGCCGAACCUCGUUCCUAGCUCGUUCAGGCUUCUUGUCGCUCAUUCCACCCAACCGAACCAUCAUCAACAUGAAGGUGCUCCAGAUCUCGUUCGUCAUUGCCCUGGCGGCCUGUACUUUUUCCAUGGUUACUGCGGUACCGGUACCGCUUGGAGCCGGAUUCGAGAAAGUCACCCGAGAAGGCGCGAGCGCUGAGGAGGAUGGAAUCGCCAGCCUCACCAACGGGCUCCGGAAGCUCGAGAUCAAGCCACCGCGACGUUUGGCAUCGGAAGUCAACGAUCCAUCCGCACCCCGUUACGCCUCCGGUGGCGCAGAAAAGGCCAAGAAGCUGUGGGAAGAUCUUACCAUCGGAGAGUCGACCAUCAAGAGGGGCCGCGAAGGCGAGACCGGUUCUGCCGCCCGCACAUCUCGACAAAGGCAGUAG